GUUAAAAUUCUUCCUGAAUAUGAGUUAACGAAUCCAUUGAAACAAAGGACACAAACAUUGACGGGAGUGACGGGCCGUCCACUGGCGGAGUGUUCGCGUUGGCCUCAAUGGGUGUACGAACUCUACGACCCAAACCUAUUGAUGGACAGAAUUAAGGUCUACCUGAAGACGUGGCAAUUUAACGACUACUCGAGUCCGGCGCCCCUCAAGCCCUGCGAGUUCUCCUAUUGGGUGGCGUCGAACCUACCCAUGGAUGACAGCCAAAGGUGUCAACUCUUGACAAUUAAUAGUUCGGUACAAAGGCUUCGCUUUGAGUUAAGCCUUUUGCAAAAGUACUCGUAUUUGUGUUGCUCUGAAUGCAAGACAAAGAUCUGCGAGAAGGAGGACGUGAUCGUCAUGUCUGUGAACGGCCCGCAGGGAACGUAUGUCAACCCUUCCGGUUGUGUUCACGAAUUGAUGACAGUCUCAAAGACUAUGAAUAUUGUGCUCAUUGGUCGGUCAUCAGCCGAAUUCUCGUGGUUUCCCGGGUACGCGUGGACUAUAUGCCGGUGCGCGCGAUGUAAUGGCCACAUGGGCUGGAAGUUCAGUUGUGUGGACAAGAAGCUGAGGCCCGAAUGGUUUUGGGGUCUUUGCCGGUCGUCGUUAGAGCCCGGACUCAAAAUAGACGACGAAAUCUCGUGGAAACCCGUUCUUUAAGAGAGUCACACGUAAACCAUGUUAUCGUUUAUUUGUGUAAUAAUUAUAUUUUAAAAAAUUUAUUUUUCUCGUCAUAAAUACAUAUAUAAAUAAUACUUAAUCCUAACGUAAGAACAAUAUAAGAAUGGGUUAUUAUAAUUGAUUAUAAGUAUACAUAAAAUGUAUAAUAAGAUGAUUAUCAUAAGUGGUGAUGGAGUGGUGUGUUUCAGAUGAAGAGUCCGUCUUCGUCUAGACAUGAUCUGUAGUGGUUUUGUAUUGCUUGAAACCUAACAGUCAUUAUAUAACAAAUAACAAAAUUAUGAGUGAUUUGCUGAGCAAUUAAUCUGUGAUCAUAUAUUAGCCAUACCUCUCAAAACGGCGCCAACAUUUAGGACAGGUAUAGGAUUUUUGGACCUAUAGAUCGUGAAGAGAAUAUUAUAUUUAUAUAUUUAUUAUUCGUUUGCAAUUCAAAACGUAAAGUGAA